UCCAGGAACUAUUUCCUCUGCUGUGUCCGUUCUUGACUCCUCCUCUCAAAGGGAAUGCUCUUUUCUUCCGCCCGUGUGCCCUUGACUACUGCCUGCUCUUCCGCCCGGGUUUGCUCCCUUUCCACCAUGGGUCCCCCCCCGGCUUCGUUGCCAGGCCUUUCGGUUCCCCCUUUCGGCUCCUUUCCCGUCUCGUUCGCCAUGCCCGGUUCUUCGUUGUCGCGGCCCGGUCCGGCCGCAGCAGCAUCGCCCCAAGUCUCGGUCUUCCCUUCUCCGCAGGAACUGGGCUCAGCGCUGGCCCAGCUGGUAGCCCAGCGGGAGGCUCAGUCCGGGCCUGGAGGGCGUUUCUCCCUGGGCCUGUCAGGUGGCAGCCUGGUGCGCAUCCUGGCCCAGGAGCUGCCCGCCGCUGCUGCUUCCCCUGCCCGCUGGCUCCUGGCUUUCGUGGACGAGCGCCGGGUCCCCCUGAAUGACCCCGAGAGCAACUACGGUGCCUACAAGACGUAUCUCCUUUCUAAAAUUGCUGUACCUGAGGACCAAAUUGUUGUUAUCAACCCUUCGCUACCAGUAGAAGAGGCGGCUGUGGAUUAUGCUGCAAAACUGAAAGAGGCCUUUCAAGGUGAGGAUAUGCCUGUGUUUGACCUCUUGAUCUUGGGAGUAGGACCAGAUGGGCACACUUGCUCGCUCUUUCCAGACCAUCCUCUCUUACAGGAGCGGGAGAAGAUAGUAGCUGCCAUUAGCAAUUCUCCAAAGCCGCCCCCGGAGCGGAUCACGCUGACCCUCCCGGUGUUGAAUGCAGCUCGGAGUGUGGUGUUUGUUGCCACUGGGGACAGCAAGGCAGCUGUGAUUAAGCGUAUUUUGGAAGGUGAUGAAGAGAACCCGCUGCCGGCUGCCCUGGUCCAGCCUCAUACUGGGAAGCUGUAUUGGUUUUUGGAUGAGCCGGCUGCGAAGGAGUUGACGAUCCCCUUUGAGAAGCACUCCAUCUUGUAGAAGCUCAUGUCCCGCAAUCUUUUCAGGUUGGGGAAAGUCCAUUGAGUGCGGGUUGUGGGGUAGAGCCCAGCCUGCUAGCAUUCCAGGUCACGGUCUCCUCGUCUGGUCGUAGCCCUCAGGAGCGGCACUAAACUAACACUCUUUUUUUCUUCCUUCCCCUUUUUUUACAUUUUACAAAGUGGUACGUUUGUGGAGCACUCUGUAACCAAUAUGAUUAUUUCUUUAGCCAGGACAAAGUGAAGUGGGGGAACACUUGGGUCCAGCUACUAGUCGUAAAGGGAGUAGCAGGGAAUGGCGUCUUUAUCAUGUGAACGGUCUAAUGUGGUGUAAAGUGGAUGCACAAUUAAAAAUGUAAAUUACAGCCA